UUGCAGAUACCAUUACAUCACUGAUUCAUUCAGUUGUUUCAAAUUUAACAUGUCAGAUGCUCGAAUCAAAUUUAAGGUUCUCCAAACAUACGAUGUAAAAGAAGACGAGGAUUGGUUUGUUCCUCCGCCACCUAUCCUUGCUGGUGCUCAUGUCACAGGGAUUGAUUCUUAUCGGGAAAUGUAUAGCAAUUCCAUCAACAAUGCCGAUGAAUUUUGGAAAACGGUAGCUGAAGAACUUUACUUCGAGAAGAAGUCCAAGAAGGGAUUGGAGUGGAAUUUCGAUUGUCGUAAGGGAGAUAUUUAUGUACAUUUCAUGGAAGGAGCACGAACGAAUAUUGCAUAUAAUUGCUUGGAACAAAACAUUAACAAAGGGUAUGGCUCUCGUACGGCAUUAUUGUGGGAAGGCAAUGAGCCCGGUGAUUGUUGUUCUCUCACAUUUCAAGAACUGUUUGACAAAGUCGUCACUUUUUCUGCUGUUCUGCGAUCUCAUGGUGUUAAGAAGGGCGAUGUUGUGGUGAUUUAUUUACCGAUGACACUUGAAUUACCAAUAGCAAUGUUAUCGUGUGCCAGAAUCGGUGCUGUUCAUGCGGUAGUGUUUGCUGGAUUUAGCGCUGAUGCCUUGGCAGCUCGAAUAUGUCAAACAGAAGCUCGUAUCCUAAUCACUGCUGAUGGAUAUUAUCGGGGCAAGAAGCUUGUAACAUUAAAAAUGAUAGUUGACAGUGCUCUCAAUGAAUGCAUUGUUUCGGGCAAACUGGUGGAAAAAGUCAUCGUUGUACAACAUUUGGAGCGUGUCCGUAAACCAAACGCUACUGCUUCUGUUGACGUGAAAUUGGAUCCAAAACGAGAUGUUAGCUGGGAUGAAGAAAUGGAACGGUGCAAAGGGAUAAAGUCUGGAGUCGAAUGGAACGAUGCAGAGGAUCCUCUCUUUAUUCUUUACACAUCUGGUUCAACGGGUAAACCAAAAGGAAUCGUUCAUACUACUGCUGGUUACAUGACAUAUGCCUAUGCCACUGUUAAAUUUGUUUUUAAUGCUAAUCCAGAAAAGGAUAUAUAUUGGUGCACAGCCGAUUGCGGCUGGAUUACUGGACACUCUUAUCUGGUGUACGGACCACUUCUUAAUGGUUUGACAUGUGUUAUAUAUGAGGGUGUACCAACUUACCCAACACCAUCACGAAUUUGGCAGAUUGUAGAAAAAUACGGAGUUACAACCUUAUAUACUGCGCCAACAGCAGUGCGUUCUCUGAUGGCUUUUGGCGAUGAGUAUGUUACAUCGCAUAAUCGUUCGUCGCUGCGUUUGUUGGGGUCAGUUGGUGAACCAAUCAAUCCAGUAGCAUGGAAGUGGUUGUAUAAGGUGGUUGGUGAAAGCCGUUGUGUCGUCAUUGAUACUUACUGGCAGACAGAAACAGGAGGACAUACGAUUGCGCCGUUACCGGCAGCAAUUCCCUGUAGACCGGGUAGUGCAACGCUUCCUUUUUUUGGAAUAGAACCAGCUGUUAUUGAUGAGGAUGGUCGAGAAGUCAAAGGAGCCGGCCAAGGAACCUUGUGUUUCAAGCGCGCUUGGCCAGGUAUAAGCCGAAGCAUUUUGGGUGAUCAUGACCGAUUUACGAGCACAUACUUUUCGCCGUACCCAGGCUACUUUUUCACUGGUGAUGGAGCACGUCGAGAUGCUAAUGGUUACUACUGGAUCACAGGACGCAUCGAUGAUCUCAUGAAUGUGUCAGGUCAUUUACUGUCUGCUGCUGAAAUUGAAUCUGCGCUAGUUUCAAGUGACGAUGUAGUGGAAGCAGCUGUAGUUGCAGCACCGCAUGAUAUCAAAGGCAACUUUCCAUAUGCAUUCGUCACAUUACGAAUGGGCGUAGAACUUACGGACAAGAAAAUUGAGGACCUUAAAUUUCUGGUUCGAAAAAAAAUUGGUGCAAUUGCCGUACCAGAUGUUAUACAAGUAGCCCCGGGAUUACCUAAAACACGAUCAGGAAAGGUAACACGUCGUAUACUGCGGAAAAUUGCUGAGGGUGAUAAAGCUGCGGAUUUGGGUGACACUACUUCACUUAUCGAUGAAACGGUUAUUGCUCACUUAUGGAAUGGUCGGCCAGAAACACGAACUGGUUGAGAAGGAACAUUUACAACAAUCCAAUUAUUUAAAAAACUUUCGUAUUGACUUUUACAUUAAAAGAUUAUAUAACUUACGGUAUGUUUCACAUCGCCUAUUAUCUUCAUAGUAUUAAAUUUCCAUUUAAUAAUUCGAUAUGAUUUCAUAUUAUCCCUUUUUUUUCAUCAAUUAUUUAAACUUUUCAGUCUUCUCUCUCUAUCUUUGGUCCUAGUUGUACCAGUCAUUAAGUGUAUUGCCACUUUCGAAAUUCAUUUUUAUCCAAAGUAAUAGUUUCUGUCGAUGUUAAGCAAUUUCGUUAUGUAGUAUUUCUGUGUUUGUAUUUUUGGGUUCAUAACCCACAUUCCAAUAAACUGG